ACACUUUUACAAGUUCAGAAGAAAUUAACAUUUCAGAAAACAAAUUAACAUUUCAGAAAACAAAUUAACAUCACUCGAAACACUUUUACAAGUGGCAAAAUCAACCGGAAAGGGUAGGUACUAAUUCCAAGGCUGACCCGGAAGUGAUAACGGAAGCGGGCAUUUCAACCCAAGAUGGACAGCAGUUCAGUGGCGUUUUGCCCGUUUUGCGGGGCACAUAUGAGUAGAUUAACGCGGUUUUGUUUUUCUUGUGGACGGUCCUUAGAGUUUUUAAAUGGGACAGAACAGACGGAAGGUCCAGAGGCACAGGGGAUAUGUCAACAGCCGGAUAAUGCUAAACAAACAGAAAAACCUUGCUCGUCAUAUAAACAGUUCCUGGAAUACCGAAGCUCGAAGUCCAAAGAGCGUCAGUCUUUUAACUACGGGCCUAGAGGAAGACACCGGGCUAAAGAACAAAAACACGUCCAGGUUUUUGAACUCCCAAAGAUAAGUCUGAAAAUGAAAGAGAUGCACUGGGACAUCAAGCUACAAUUCAGCCAGGACAGGUAAUGUCAUUUUCAGACGUUCAUCAUAUUCUGAAAACUGUGACAUGCUGGUCAGAUUUACCGAUGAUGCAGGUGUUUAUGAGGAAGGGAUUGACACAGGUGGUCCAAGAUGAGAAUUUUUUAACUCUGCUAAUGAAGCACCUGAAAGACCGGCCAAUUUUUGAUGGACCAGAGGGACAUCGGUUCUUGGUCUAUAAUGCAAAUGCUGUUAGGGAGGAUGAAUACUUCCUGGCAGGACAGAUGAUUGCAGUUUCAGUUGUACAUGGAGGUCCGGGACCCCAUUUCCUGUCAGAAGAUCUUGUACAGUAUCUUGCUGGCCAGCCUUCAUUCAAACCAACAGUUAAUUUAAUAACUGAUGAAGAAAUAGGGAAAGCUUUGCGAGAGAUUGAGAAUGCUGCUACAUUGGAUGCUCUACAAGAAUGUAUCAUGAGACACAGCACAAUGUUGCAGACAGCAGGCUGUCUUAGACAUGUGGCUGCUGUGGACGAAAAGACAGAAAUUGUGGCCAACUACCUCCAGUGGUAUAUUUUUGACCGCAACUCAUCUGUAAUUGACAGAUUGAAAGAUGGUCUUUCAGCUCUUCAGUUCCUGACUGCACUACAGCAACACCCUACUUUGCUGACCCCUGUCCUGUGCCACUGUGAAAAGCGACUGACUGCCUUUGAGCUUGAGAGACUCUUCAAACCUCAACUCAGCCCUUCAGGGAGUAAUAGGAGACUGAAAGAAAGCCAAACCUUGGCCUGCUGGGCAGACUAUCUCCUUGAUUGUGAAGAAGGCGAGGCUGCUGUGUCUGUGGAAGACAUUUUGAUGUUUGCAACUGGGCUGACAUCACUUCCCCCAUCUGGCUUGGAACCACUGCCACAAAUAGAGUUCCUGGAUGACGUUCCACUCCCAAUGGCAAAUACAUGUUCAAACUUGUUGAAAUUACCAUUUCUGGAUUCAUAUAGUGUGUUUAAGUCACAAAUGGACUUUGGAAUUCAAAAUAGUCCAGGAUUUGGUUGUCUAUAAACUAUAUAGCUAGAUAACCAUUAGAGUAGUGUUUUUCAAACCUGGUCAUCCAGGCACAAUGCCCUGCACGUUUUAGAUCAGAGAUCCUAAUCCUGAAUAACUGAUUAACAGGCUUUUUUUUUUUUUAAACUGCAAUCAUCUGAAUCAGGUAUGUUAAAGCAGGAAAACUUGGACUCAAAAUGUUUUUUGUUCUUUGUUGGUAUUAUGUGCAUUUAAAGGUGCAGUUACUUUUGUUAAAAUACUUUAAAAUUGCGGUAAGCAAGCAUGUCUUUUUUUUUUUUU